AUGGAUCCCUCUUUCGAGACUCUCUAUGGCUUGACACCUGUGAUGUCAUCGGCACAGCAGUUGAUCGCAUCCGUGAAACCCGCUUCUACCGCCCCAUUCAUUCCGGUGUCGGCAACCCCGAUCCCAGAUACCGGUCUUUCCCGGCGCAUCGAUGCAUUUGCGAAGUCCGAACUUCCUCCUCCAACCUACAACCACUGUCUUCGGGUAUAUCAUUAUGGCUUGGCGUUGAAGAAAUACCUAUUCCCCGCCUGGGCCUUCACCGAUGAAACCUAUUUCUUGGCCUGUGUUCUCCACGACGUUGGAACUGCAGAAGCGAACCUCAAGUGCACCAGGCUGAGCUUUGAGUUCUGGGGUGGUAUCAAAGCCUUGGAAAUUCUACAGAAGAUACCACACGAUGAUCACAAGGCUUAUGCCACCAAGGAUCAGGCGGAGAGUGUUGCGGAGGCCAUCUUUCGACACCAGGAUCUCUGCGAGGAGGGAAAGAUUACAGCUCUUGGACAGCUACUGCAGCUAGCUACUAUCUUUGAUAACACCGGUGCUUACUCGGAUUGCAUCCACCCUACGACAAUUGAAGAUGUGACAAAGCAUUUUCCGCGCAUGAAGUGGAGCGGCUGUUUUGCUGCUACAAUUCACAGGGAGAAUGAGUUGAAGCCAUGGUCUCACACCACUACUUUGGGGGAAGAUGCUUUUCCGGAGAAGGUGCUUGGAAACAAGUUGAUGGAACCAUUCGAGUAA